AGGAAAGACACAGUAACUGUCUGCAUCUCAUACCUCUAUUUAGACACUCCCAUCACUCCCGCUUCGUUGAAAUCAGACAUGGCCGACAGUGAAUUCCCCCAGCCCAUCUCCUUCACCAAAACCUGGCACUCCGAGCCCUACCCUUUCAUCUCCCUCAACCGGUCGGAGCUGUCAGCAUCUAGCAAAAACAUUGUUGUUACAGGUGGUGCAACAGGUAUCGGGAAUGCCAUCGCCAUCGCGUUUGCCAAAGCAGGCGCCAAGUCCGUCUCUAUCCUCGGACGACAACCGGAAAAACUACACCUCGGCGCAGCAAGCAUCCUUAAUGCCAUCUCGUCAGGAACAAGCACACAGGUCCUGCAUGAGACUGCUGACAUUCUUGACCCAGUCCAACUCACUACCGCGCUCAAGUCCAUUGUCAGCAAAGUGGGCAAGAUCGAUGUUUUCGUUGCCAACGCAGGCACUGUAGCAAAACCGGGACCCCUUGUUGAUCAGAACAUCGAUCAAUUUGUACUCGACAUUGGGGAGGCCAUUCGAGGUACCUUCAACUCCUUCCAGUGCUUUUUAUCCGAGGCCGGACCCAGCCCAGUGUUUCUGAAUACCUCAUCGUGCCUGGCGAAUGUUGCACCCACCCCCCGCUUGGGCGGAUACGCCGUCGGAAAGGCAGCUUCUCUGAAAAUGAUGAACUAUCUUUCUGCAGAGAAUCCCCAUGUGCAUGUUGUCAACGUGCAGCCGGGAUGGGUGGCUACUAGCCUCAACGGUUAUCAAAAGGAGGCUCCCGACUCAGCCGACCUCCCCGGCCAGUUCUACGUUUGGUUGGCUUCUCCCGAGGCACAGUUCCUCAAAGGCAAAUUCGUCUGGGCCAAUUGGGAUGCGCAGGAGUUAUUGCAAAGGGCAGAGGAAAUCCAGAACUCGAAGCUGUUGAACUGGAUCGUGGAUGGUGUUCCAAUGUGAAAGCUGUUGCUACUAGUUUG